CUCACCACCCUGCGUGGGUCUAUCCUGGAGGAUGCGGUGCCAUCCACCUCAAAGCAUGGCCUGGCUCGGGGUCUACCCCUCAAAGAGGUGCUAGAUUACCUGGUACCAGAGCUGAACGCCCACUGUCUCAGACUGGCUCUCAACACACCUAAAGUCACAGAGCAGCUGAUGAAGCUGGACGAACAGGGGUUGAGUUUCCAGUUGAAGGUGGGGGUGAUGUACUGUGCGUCGGGACAGAGCAGUGAAGAGGACAUGUACAACAAUGAUUCGGCAGGUCCUGCCCUGGAGGAGUUCCUCCAGCUGCUGGGGGAGAGGGUCCGACUGAAAGGAUUCACCAAGUACCGAGCCCAGCUGGACACCAAGACUGACUCAACAGGGACCCACUCCCUGUACACUACCUAUAAGGACUACGAGGUGAUGUUUCAUGUCUCCACCAUGCUGCCCUACACACCCAACAGCAAACAACAG